AUGACAUACUUCCCUCAUUCCCUUGGCAGCCAGAGGUCAUGGAAACAUCCAUAUGGUGUUGGUCUGCUUGUUGGAGGGUUGGAUGAAUCAGGAGCACACCUCUACUACAAUUUCCCAAGUGGGAACUACUUCGAAUACCAGGCCUUUGCUAUUGGGGCCCGCUCACAAUCUACUAAAACUUGUUUGCAAUGCAAAUUUGAUUCCUUCGCCAACUCUACCCGUGAUGAUCUGAUCAAAGAUGCACUCUUUGCAAUCAAGGAAACUUUACAAGGAGAGAAACUAACAACUCAAUCUGCACUGUUAUUCUUAUACAAGUAUGUCACAGCAGCCAUGGAUGUUUUUGAUAAAUGUGAACGAAUACAAACUCAUUUAAAACCGUCUGUGUCCGAUCUGAACGCCAUUGACACAUUUUAG